AUUGAUAUGAAACUAGGAGACAUAGCUGCAAUGUUUCACUACUAAAUGCAUUUAAAUGUUGGGAACUGGCAUUUGAGUUUGCAUGAUAAAAUGCCAUUGAUGUCACCGACCCUGAUGUAGCUCCUCAUAUGGGUUGUCAACAAUGCUUCGUGUCACCGCUGCCUCCCUGUGUACCUACUGCCGGAGGAUGAGCCUCCACCUCCCUUCCUCUGCUGCCACAGUGACUUCUCCCAACAAAAGACCGGAGAACCAGCACACAGUGGACUCCCUCUAUGAACUAUCGGUGGACAUCCGAAAGGUACGCAAGUUCAAAGGCUGGGUUCUGUCUGAGAGCUCUGCGUAUGUGUCUGAAACUGCUGACCUGUUGAGGGACAUGGGUGCAGACACAUCUGUAAUCACCCGCAUCCUGGAAACUCACCCUGAAGCUGUCCUGUGUCGGCCGGAGGACGUGGCCGCCCAGCGGGACCUUUGGGUGUCUGUGUGCCCCAACAAGCGUGAAUUGAUGAGCAUCAUUGAGAAGUUCCCGGCUUCUUUCUUUACAUUAACUCAUUAUAGCAAUCAGCGGGCCAACAUCCUGUACCUCCGGAGUCUUCGCCUCAGCAAGAGGAUCAUCGGCAAGCUGAUGGCCAGCGCCCCGCAGAGCUUCAGCCGACCUGUGGAGAAGAACCAGGAGGUCAUCCAUACUCUGAGGGAGACCUACCUGGACCUGGGCGGAGAUGAGGGCAACCUGCGCAUCUGGCUGCAGAAGCUCCUCAGCCAGAACCCGCACAUCCUGCUGCGGCCAGCUGAAGCCUGGAGGGACAGUCUGGGCUUCCUGAGGGAGCAGGGCUUCACCACAGAGGAGCUCCUCAGCCUGGUCUCAAGCCUCAAAGCCUCCAUUGCAGAGCUGCAGCCAGAGGCCAUGAAGCAGGCCCUGUCCUACAUCGAAGGGGCUCUCGUCUGCUCCAAGGACGAACUCAAGCAAAUAGUGAUCCGCUGCCCGGCCAUUUUGUACUACUCUUUGCCCAUCCUGGCUGGGCGGUUCCAAGGAUUGAUGGAUGUUGGCGUAAGCAUGGAGCAGGUGAAGGAAUCUCCAAAUGUCCUGGAGCUCACCACGCAAAUCGUGCUUUAUCGCAUCCAGAAGCUGGCCUCCUAUGGGUAUGAUGUGCCCUCUGGCAGCCUGGACGUUAUUGUGGGAACUAAGAAGGACUUUGAGAUGAGUUAUGGCAAGCUGCACCUCAGGCAGCAACGUCCGCUCUUCAACCCUGUAGCUCCCCUCAGAUCUGCUGAGGACUGAAUGUCAGAAUUUGUUGAUAUCAAUUUCAAUUCAAUUUUAUUUAUAUAGCGCCAAAUCACAACAACAGUUAUCUCAUAGUGCUUUCCAUAAAAGAGCAGGUCUAGACCGUUCUCUGUAAUAUUAUUUACAGAAACCCAACAAUUCCCACCAAGAGAAAGCAGUGGGCAACAGAGGCAAGGAAAAACUUCCUUUAAGAAGCAGAAACCUCAAGCAGAACCAUGGCUCAGGGUGGGCGGCCAGCUGCCAUGACCGGCUGGGGGGAUAGGGUGAGAGAGAGAAAUGCUGCUGAUAUGGGAUGGUGUAUGGGAAAAGGUUUGAUGCAUGUUGUUUGAUGCUGAUUUUGAAAGGGGGUUCACAAAUUCACCUUUGUGCAAGCUGCAUGAAGAAGGGAUGAAGUUUCAAAUACCAAACGUCCAGCGAUACAGUACUGCUAAGAACAACUUUAUUAUGAAACUAAAAUGUUUUGACCUGUGGCCUUCAUCUCGGUCUUUUGACUUGAGGCCUCCUGUGAAAAUAAGACACUGACUGUUUUGAAAUCUUAUGUACUAAAUUUAAAUGACUAAUAUAUCAAGGGAUAAACUGACAAAUAUUGAAGUAGUGAUGCAUGGGAAUUAACAAAAUGAUUAUGGUAACUUAACAUGUCAGAUGAGGAAUAAAUGACUGGUCUAAAUUUGUACGGUA